CGCAAAUCAACCAACUUCCAAGGUUCAUCCGCCCUUACUCCCCAUUGACGACUGACGGGCGCCUCGAGUCGCUCGAGCAUCGUCAGUUAUGUUCAACUUCAGCGGCGGUCUUCUCGCUGGCCAACACGACGCGCAAAAGGAGAGGGCCCCUCCAUCACGACCAACACCGGUGACCUUUCCUUGUCUUACUCCGCCAAAGCCAUUGUCGACGAAACUUCCUUCUGCCUGGACUACUCCCGGGAUCCCUGCCCAUUUCCUGACUUUGAAGAAACCAUCUGAUGUCAGCUGCGACACGUUGGCGCUGCUUAACAUCUCAUUCAGACCCCAAUGUGACUUCGAAACCCUUCUUCUCUCCGUCUCCAAAGAUGGAGAGCCCUAUGUUCCACCCAAGUCCUGGCUUGAUCCCCCAGGUCUAGGUGAACUAGAAGCAUCAUCUGCCUCACAACUUUCUCCUGCCCUCCUCAGCAACGGGAGAAGGGUGCCAGAUCGAAAAGAAUUCUACAUGCGUGUCAAGGAGCUCUCCUUCAAUAAUGAAGACGCUUUUGCUAACCUCACUCGAAAAGCCAAUCCUGGACAGGCACCCCUGCGGCUCGCACACUUCCGGCGCUUCUGGGAGGGUCUUGAUAAUAUGGCGUACUAUUGGGACAGCUCGCUCGAUGAAUAUUUUCCACCAAGCCGUGAGAAUGCCACUACAGAAGUGGAUACUCUACAAAACCAGGCUUCUGGUAAUGAUCAUGACCAUGAACAAAUGCAGAAAGAUAGAGCCGAGGCUGAAUGCAAAGAUACGAGUCUUGAGGAACCUCGGAAAAAAGCAAAGACUGGCGCUGAAAGCAAUGAAACCAUCACUCUUCCCAUCAAUUCUCUGGGCGUCACUAGCACCCGGCCUGCCCCUCCAAGUUCGAUAUCGUCAAGCAAAGCUCUACCUGCUAGGAUUGCACCUCCAAAGUUACCAUGGGUUGUAGACUCUGGCUCUUUGACACAGAAGCCGAUAGACCUCUCCAGAGGAACUUAUCGAGGCUAUCGAAUAGGCAAUGGUGCGGAAAUGCCCGAUCAGUACCGAUUGGAAUGCGUACGUUCCUUCCUCGAACCAAUCGCUUGGGCGUUUGGGGUGACAUUUAUUCCCCAUCGUCGCCCACCAGUGCUCUGUCUUGAGCACGUGAGGUUCCCGGUCCGUAUGAAUACCGUCGCAUGGCGAGGGCCUGCGGAUCGAACAAAGGCACGCCAGGGGUGGAUGGAAGGACCUGUAAUAGGGGUUCAGUGCAGACCAGACACUAAUUUCGGUUCGAAUGGCAAUUUGGAAGCAGAAUCGGUUCUUGAUGCGGCCCGAGAACUUGGGGGGAUGCUCCUCCUGGCACAAGAACGAGCGAGGGAAGGCAAGACUGAGAAGAAGGCUGGCGAAGGUAAAUGGUGGACAACAACCCCUCGCUGGGGUGGAGGACCAGGUGGAGAAGUAGGUGAAGCUACAGGUACUAGUGAUGCCCUAUCACAAGAAGCCACUCCCAAGGCGGAAGAGAAAGCCCCAAACCGGGCCCGGUUUGGGUCAAAAGACAGGCGGAGGCCAUCACCUGCGGACACAUGGAAGGCCCUGAAACCUGGGAACCCACUCUGGGAUCCCAAGAUCGUCUAUGAAGCCAUUGGUAGAGACCCAAGUGACGAGUGUGAUGAGGUUUUCAUGGUAUCAUCGCUCAACCACCAUAUCAGUGUGCUGAAGCUGCGGGUGCAUCCACAGUACAUUAGUUAUCUCACAUAUGGCAUUCUACCAGAACAAGCACCUUCGGAUCCGAAUUGGAGCUCGCCUUUGCUACAGCGAACUCGCUGGUAUGACCUAUUCAACGUCCAAGAGCGGAUGGAGGCAAUGCGAGGUAUAUGGGGCAUCAUGGCCUACCUGAUGCGAGCCCAAGAUCAGGGGAAAGAGGAUGUGGUUAUGAACGAGAGUUGAGUACGCAUCUUCGAUUUGCUCACGCAAACCACUAUGUUCAUGCUCUCCCGCAACUGAACUAAUUCCUCCAAUUUCCCAGCACUUUGCUCAUUGUAGACCUUGGUCCUUCUCCAAAAAUGCAUUUUCUUCAUUCACAACGGUAGCAAGAUGGCAUAUGCAGCGGAAAGGGUCCAUGGUUCCACGGCACCUUUCUCGCAGAAAUGUCGAUUUGGAGGACUAGGUAAUGGAAUUUUAGUUACACGGAAUGCGACUACCACCAAUUCUUGGCCGGCAUAGCUUCAACAUCUCCAGGAAUAGAAUUCAAGAGGGAGAGUUCCACCACGUAGCGUUGCCAAGCGAGAUUGGUCAUAGAUUGCACAGCAAUGUCUGUAC